UUUCUGAAAUGAAAUGUCAGAAAGUGUAUUUUGUAUUUUAAGGGGUUCCUUUCUUUGCCAGAUAAUAUGAGUAUUCAUCUUCCCUGGCUCUUGGUGAUGUUCUUGAAGAACUUCCUGACUGAGACUGCCCCUCAGACUCCUCCUUGGGGCUUUAUUUUUGCUUCUUAUGAAGUAACCAUCCCAAAGUCAUUAACCCCCAAAUCCAGACAACAGAACCCCCAGAAUAUCUCAUACUUGUUUCACAUUGAGGGGAGGAGUCUUGUGAUACACCUUAGGCAGAAGAGAGGCUUAAUCCCCAAGCAUUUGCCUGUCUUCACCUACAGUAAGGAUGGAGAUCUCCAGCUAGAUUAUCCAUUCAUCAGGGAUGACUGUUAUUAUGAUGGUGUUGUACAGGGUGAACCCUUCUCUUUGGCCAUCAUCAGCACUUGCUCUGGAGGACUCAAGGGUCUACUGCGAUUUGAAAAAAAGAUUUAUGAAAUAGAGCCAGUUCUGGAAUCUGCUACAUUUCAACAUGUGGUCUUUCGAUUAGAAGAAAAGGUGGGUGCCAUUCAAAUGAAGUGUGGCCUAACACAGGAAGAGCAAAGACAUCAAGAAGCCAUGCUCCUAGAUCUUGACAAAACAAUGAACAAAAUUACAUCUAAAGGAGACUGGUGGUCACAUGAUAGGUAUGCAGAGAUUGCUAUUGUGAUUGAUCAUGAACGAUUUUUGAAAUUUGACAAAAAUGAAACUCUCACUGCUAUAUAUAUUCUGGAUAUCUUCUACAUUGCAAAUGCAAUGUAUGAUCCUCUUUCUGUUCAUUUGUCUAUAGCUGGACUAGAAAUAUGGUCACAAAGAAACCUUAUACCAAUUAGUAAUGACAUAUUUAAAACACUUGAGGAAUUCACUAACUGGAGAAGAGACUCAUUACUUAAUCGUUUACCGAAUGAUGCUGGUCACUUAUUUAUUUUUAAGAAUUUUGGUCGUGCAUUAGGAUUGGCAUACUUAGGGAUGAUUUGUGAUGAUAACAGGGGAUCAGGUGUUGAAUCAUAUGUUACUUCCAGUUUGUUCCAUAUUUCUAACACAUUUGUCCAUGAACUAGGACAUAAUCUUGGCAUGCAACAUGAUUCGAAGUACUGUGUAUGUGAUCGACCGAAAUGCAUUAUGGCCCCAGCACAAGGAGCAACUGAUAGGUUUAGCAACUGCAGUUAUAAUGAUUACUUCAGUCGAAGAAAUUCUAACUGUUUGUUAAUUCCGCCAGACCCUAAUAAAAUAUUUAAAAUCAAAUUCUGUGGCAACAAAGUGGUAGACAAUGGAGAGCAAUGUGACUGUGGUACCAAAGCUGAAUGUCAGCUGGAUCCGUGUUGUCAAUCUAAUUGUAAAUUACGUUUAGGGGCCACUUGUGCUUUUGGACAGUGUUGUAUCAAGUGUCAGUAUCAAGUAGCUGGAACGGUUUGCCGAAAUAAAGCAAGCAGUUGUGAUCUCCCUGAGUACUGCAAUGGGCUUUCUGAGAGGUGUCCUGAAGAUGCUUAUGUGCAAGAUGGUGCCCCGUGCAGUGAUGGUGCGUACUGUUUUCGUGGGAAUUGCAAUACUCAUGAUAUACAGUGCAAAACCAUCUUUGGCAGAAAAGCAACAGUCGCUUCAGAAGUUUGCUUUAGAGAAAUGAAUAUUCAAGGUGAUCGGUUUGGCAACUGUGGCUUGGGACAUGGAAUUUAUAACAAAUGCAUAGCUGAGAAUAUCCUGUGUGGCCGUAUCCAGUGCGAAAAUGUGGAAAGCUUGCCUUCUUUGGAGGAUCACACCACCAUAGUUCAGACUUCCAUAGGCAAUAAACAAUGUUGGGGAACUGACUACCACAGUGGGAUGAAGAUCAUCGAUAUCGGAGCAGUGAGAGAUGGCACUCCUUGUGGCAAUGGCAUGAUGUGUAUUGACAGGAAAUGUGUUAAUGUGUCCCUCUUGGGAUAUGAUUGUAAUGUCGCAAAGUGCCACAAUCGGGGAAUAUGCAACAAUUUCAAACAUUGUCACUGUGAGGAAGGCUGGGCUCCCCCAGACUGCCUAGAGAAAGGCAAUGGUGGUAGUAUUGACAGUGGCCCACCCCCUCUGUAUGAACGCCAGAGAUUUUAUCGCAAAAUGAAUAUUAUCUUAGCGAUUGUAUUUCCUCUUUGCGCACUUGUUCUUUCUUGUGCUGGUUUCAAGAACCGAAUUAUAUAUAGGAUUGGAAAGUUGGAGGAAAGAUCUAGUCAACAGGAAUGA